GUGCUUUCCUGGCAAGACUGCUAGUGAGCAGCACCCUUUCUGCAGAAAGUAAACUAGCUUUGCUGAGAGAUUCUUUGUCUCAGUGUUGAUUUUUGCAACACCGAGCACUAGUUGCCAACAAUUUGGUGGCCUGUAUGGGGAAUAACAUUCCCCUCUUGGACGGUCUUUGCCCCUCUCUCGUGGGGAGGCGCCCCACCACCUGUUGUUGCCGUGGCCCCAGCAGGAGAGCCAGGACCUACCUGGUGCGAGGAAUAUAUUUGGAGUCUCAGCAUCGGCGGGGAAAGAGAGAGGCUUGUGGGACCGUGGUGACCAGGUGACUCUGUGCGUGGGCCAAGGAAAUGUGAAAUCUCUUAGGCCAAGAAGAACAACCUGAGGACUCUCUUUCUGGAGGUAAUUGAACUCCUUUAGUAAAUCCAGAGGAGAAAUCUGAGAUCAGUACAUCUUUUGUAUCUAUGAUAGCUAAGGAUACAUCACUUGAAAGAUUCACUGUACUAAGUACUUUCUUCAGCAUUUGACUCUUGGCCCUUGUGUUGUGAGCUCCUUGUUCCUGCAAAGCUGGCUGGGGUCACCAUAGUGGGUCAAAAAAAAAUUCAUCAAUGAAAGAGAUAGGGAAUCUCCAAUCUCUAUCCCAAGACAUGUUCUCAAUGACUUGAGCACAUCAGCAGAUGCUCAGGAUACAGAAGAGAGAUUUCAUCUAUGGGAAAAAGACCCUCUGAAAAGAAGUGUGAAAUCAUCAAAAGAGCCAUUGGAGGGGACACCAGAGAGUCAUGUGGCUGAGGUUUCACAUGAUCCUGCCAUGCUUCCAGUCCAGAGGAGAAAGCUAGACCCACUCCUCAAAAAGUAUAGGCAUCAUAAGAAGGCCACAAGGACAAAAAGAAGGAGGAAGGAGAAAAUGGAGGCCCAGUGCUCCCCUGUUCCUCCAACACCUUUGACACCACCACAAAGUGAAGAAGAUGAGGCUGUAGACAAAAAGCCAACUCUACUCAGUGCCCAGGAAGAUACUCCUGACCUUCUCCAUGAGGACAGAUUACAGUGUCUGCAGGAAGAGGGUUCCGGUGUGAUGCAUCAGGAAUGUCAGAUCCAGUCCUGUAAGCUCUCGGUAGCUCAGAAGCCCAGGCCCUCUUCUCCUGCAGUGACAUCCUUGGCAUCACCACCACUCUGCUUUGGCAGUUUCCUAAGCUGUGUCUGCCAGACCUUCUCAAGGUCUAGGAAGCAGAAGCCUCCCAGAAGAAAAGGAAGAAAAGUGUCUACCUGUUGGAAGCUCAUGACCUCUUGGUGGUAAAGUGCUCACUAUUGCCUGCAGCAUGCUAGGUCUUGUCAAACCCUCUGCACCUUGGGCUGCGCAGUUAUCUGGACAUGUGCCAGGUUCAAGCUCCAUCCUCUGUCUUCCUGCCCUUGCUGCUCUAAGGUAAGACAAAUGAAAGCUGUCUGAGGGUCUCAGAUAGUUUUUCCAGCUUCCAUCCCAUGUAGCACAAAUAAUACAUAGAUUUUUCAAUAAAUAUUGCUUGAUUGAUCUAGAGUCAAUGAGGUGGCUACUAUCUAAGAUGAGUUCUCAAAUAAAAGUGAGUUUGCCUGCCACAAAUAUGUGUGCGUAUGUAUUUAUGAAUGUGCUUGCAUAUACACAGAACAUAUAUCAUAAAUGCUAUGUACACAUACCUAUUUCCAAUACUUGGAAUGUAUCUGACCUAAAUGCUUGCUGCCAUAGCCAGAAAGUCAAACUUAGCUUCUUUAUCAGAAGUUUUAGCAAAGAUGAAUCAAAUUCUUUAUUAUCCAGUGCUUAUCCCAGGAGGUUUUUCCACCUAUAACAUAUGCAGGUACAGUGUUGCUAAGUAUAGAGGCCACUCAUUGUCCCUCCAAAGCAUUUGUUGUGUUUUCUGAUGUCAUGAUACCUCAGCUAAGUACUGCUAAAUCAUUACAAAUGUGGCUACAGUUGUUGAGUGCUUUCAUUAUCAUCAUAGUUCUAAUACUGCCUCCCAAAGGAGAAAAUUAUUUGGGGCAAAAACAUUAAAAAAUGAAUAUGCUUCUAUAUAUAAUCUCAGUUGAAAGGCAGUAUUAGCUGUAUUUUUGAUUUUGAAGUGUGAAAUACUAUUUUUUUGAGGUGAAGAAAUACUGUUUUUUUGGCCUUAAGGAAGUUAUAUCAAAUGAUUCCUCCACAACUGCCAUCAGUUUUUACUCUGUAAUUAUUCCAUGUCUCAUCGCUGACACAGUUUCUGCUCCAGUAAAACAAAUGUGCUUCUUUUGUAUAUCUCAGAUAAAUGGCCUUCAACUUGCACUCUUUUAUUCCCAUUGGCUGGAAUGCCCUAACUUCUUCCUGCCUUCCAAUGUUCUUUAAAAUUUCACUUACAACUCAUUUUUUCCUUGUUAUCUUUCUGGAUUAAAGUCAGACAGAUAUGAUUACCCUAGUCAUCCCAGAACACUCCUAUCACAUUCCAGAAUGAAUACCAAUCAGAAUGAAUGAUUGCUUCAGUUUCUGCCAUUUGACCAUGACUUUGACACAUACACAGUGGCAUCUUAGUCAUUUGAGAUUUGUGAGUAGAAUGGGGAUGGUGAAGUGCUGAUGUGUAGCUCAAUGAAAAGGCUUUGAAAUAUUGAGGGUUGGGUACUUUGGGAGCAUCAGGAGAAAGCACCCUUGGAAUUCCCUUUGCUGGUUUCUGGCCAAAGUGGCCCUUUCCCUCAAGUGUCUCAGAAAGCCAUGACCAUUGGUAUGGGGGCCAGAGAGAAAGGACAGGAGUGGAUGAUUUGUGAACACAUGAGAACUUCACAGAGAAUUUUGUCUCUGAAUUGAUGCAGGUAACAGAAAUUGCCAGCAAAACACAGAUGAUUAGCUUAAAUGUGAGAAUAGAGUUGUCCUUACAGAAGAUCUACCUUCUCUCGAUUUAUCAAAAUGCCACAGAGAAACUGAGGCUACUUUAGGAGUACCAACUGCAUCUCACUUUGCCCAUCAAGCUGCCCUAUCCUCUUUACCAUGCUGUAGCCUGUUAUGUGGGUACAGAACUGUUCUCCAUCAUGGCGUUUUCCAGACUCAUAUAUGAGUAGCAUCUGCUUUCAGUGCAUCCCUUAUCUUAUCUAAAACACAUUCUAUUGUCAAGUAUGGAGAAGGUUCUUUCCUUCUACCUUAGGGCACCAAAUCCCUUGGCCUAGCUUUUUUUUGUCUUGUCCCUGAUGGAAACUCUAUGGUCUGAGCACACUUGGCUAAAUAUACUAUGAAAGUUAGAAAAAUUCUCUCUUUUUCCAUGCUUGAUUUCCAAGCUUAUUUAUUAUUUUACCAAUAAAUAAACCAAAUGUCUGCUCUCACUUUUCAUGGAGCAAUAAUACUCAAGGUUCAGUCUUGGAGGUGGGAGGUUAGUAGGAGUCAUGAGAUAAGGGGCAAUUAUCUCAUGAUAAUAUAUCACUAUAUGUGAUCUGGCAAUAUUGAGAUAUUUUACAAAUAUUAUAGUGAUGUAUUUAUACUGCAGCAUGCUAGGUAUACUUUACAAUAAUAUAUAUAUAACAUGUAGGUAUUCUUACAUGUGUAUACGUCCUCUUGAUUCACGUAAAAUGUGGACCGGCCCAUUCAGAACAUGCAGCUUUUCUAAAGAUUACUAGUUUCUUACAUAGUGGCUAAGGUUAUCAAAUUAUCUAAUUUGUUUGAAUGUAGUCAGCUAAACGGAAUAAAAUUCACUUUGGGAAUUAGAUUGCCUAGUGCUCUGUCUUUGGUGAUUAGAUCAACUCUAUAAUUACAAAAUAGUAGCUUCAUUUGGACCCCUUCAACACAGUGUCACCAUAAUACAUAGUAGAGUGAAUUCUCUUGUUAGUGAAAAAGUAUAAGUGUUAGAGCUGAAAGAAUCCGUAUAGAUUAUUUAAACCUCUUCAUUUUACAAGGGAAGAAACUGAAGUUCACAGAAAUGACAAUUCAAUUGAUACAAUUAAAUUUAACUAAAAACACUUGCUAAAAGUCUGAAGUUGUUCAAUCAGUGUGGUUGAGGAGAAUGUGACAGAGGAGAAAAGGUCUGUGUGUUAAACCACCAGCAUAGGCCAUUGUGAAUGCUUUGACAUUUCCACUGAAGGAAAAGGUGAACCAUUGUAAGCUUUGAGCAGAGGAUCAACACAAGGCAACUGAUAUUUUAAAAGGAUCAUUUUAGUUGCUGUGUUGAAUGGAUUAAGGGGGUUAAGAGUAAAAGCAGGGAGGUUAGGUGGCUGUUGCAGGAAUCUGGGGGAGAGAGAUGCUAGCUCAGAUGUGGGUAAUAGAGUAGAGGUCAUGGGCAAAAUAAUAUAUUUUAGAUGUAUUUGGAAGGUGAAGUCAACAGGAUUUCCUGGAAGACUGAAUAUAG